AUGAGUGACAAAGAAUUAGAAGCUCAAGUAUGUAGACUUUUACUUAAAACCAUUCAAAAAGAAACUAUAACAGAAUUAAUACCUAAUAGAGUAUAUGUUAAAGCGGCACAAAUUACGAAAUCAAAAGUUCUUUCGGCAACCUUGAGGGAAACCGAAGACCGAGGAAAUUUUAUUUUUGAUUGGGACCAUGGAGAUUUAUUGGGUUACCUCAUACAAACUUCGGCAAGGUUACAUAGAAAUUUGAUACCAUUAAAUAUUCGUAGGGAUGAUCCGAUAGUUGAAGUUAAAUGUGUUGUACCAAGUACAGGAAGUAGUUCUCAAGAAAUUAGAAGACAGAUUAAAGAAAAAACUAAAAGACUUAAAACCGAAGCAUCCCGGAAAUUUGGCUUUGUUACUCUUGGAGUUAUGUAUACAAAUGAAGAUGAACAUUCUAGAUUACAAUUUGUAAAUAAAAUAGAUAGAAGUAUUGCAUUUGCUGUAGCCGAGUAUACAAAGAGAAGAGCAUUUAAGAGCAUGGUUAUAAGUAUCUUGGCAUAUUUGGUAGUAUAUACAGAAGUCAACAUGGUAGCAUUAUUAGGAUUAAUUGUUUGGAGUAUUAUCCUUACAACAUGUAUUGCCGGUGGAGCUUAUUGUCUGGGGAAAUAUGCAAGUUGGAAAAUGGUCGAAUUACAAGAAAAAAUACAACAAGAAAAAAUUGCUCGAGAAAAUAUGCGACGUCGAUUUCAACUACGUCAAUUGGAUUGUUCUUUCGCGGUAGUAGCUCACCUUUCCACUAUAGCGGAGAAUUUAUUAACAGAAUUUGAUCCAAUUGAUAGAAAAUCUAAAUUGGAGUGUUUAAAUGAAGUCAAAAAUAAAAGUUUCAUACGUACAAUUGCGGCCAUUUAUCUUGAAACAUUUCUCACUUUAAUACUUACAAUUCAAUUGAAUCUAUUAGGAAGAUAUAAUUAUCUUUAUUCAGUGGUAUCUCUUACUGAACGAGAUAGAGAGCAAUCAAUUCAAAUUCAAUCUUCUUCAGGAUCAACGUUAAGUUCUAAAACUGAACAAAAAUAUUUAACUUUUAUAUGGUGGUUUUUAAAUGUUGGUAGUAAAAAAGCUAUAGAACGUAUUAAAGAAGCUGUUGAAUCUAUUUUAUCUGGAUUUCCUAAUGUGAUGAUGCCUGAAAGUCAUGAAGAUGAAUUAUCAGUUUUAAAUCAAGGAGGUGAUGGUAUCUUUGAAGCAUUCAUUGAUUCAGAGUUAAGGAAAUUAUUAGAUGAGACUAAAGAUUAUUUACAUAGCCAGGAUUUUGCAACAGUAUUAUCAAGUUGUUUGAAUUCAGCAUUUAAUUUAUUAUGUCAAGAUUUAUACAUAAAUUUUGUUGAUCCACAAAGUAAUAAUAAUAAUGAAGUUAUUGAUGAAAUCUUUGAAAGGAAUGUGAUACUUUUAAAAUUAUUACCAAUUAUUGCAAAAAGAGCGAACGUUAUACUUCAUGAUAUACCCAAUAGAUUCCUUGAUGUUAUCAGAGAUACCCAAGAAUUACAAGCUUUUAGUGCAAUUAUAUAUUCUUCAUUUGAUAGCGUUUAA